UGGCCCCGAAUGGACAAACAGUAUUUCACGGCUAGUCCCCUGUCUUCAAAUAAUGUUGCAGAUAUCUUUAUUUAUUUUCUUGAGGUGGUACCAGCCUAGAUAUGAUUGUUGCAUGAUAAAUGGAUGUAAGCGUGUACUAAAACUACUAAAAAAAAUAAAGUAACACUAACACUAACAGGCUUUUGAGUAUUGUUUUUUCGCCUGAAAAAUGGACAUGAAUUUAGAAAGUGAAUACCAACAGGGCCACUAUGAACAUCAGUAUAGUGCGGAGGACACAGACAUGCCAAAAGAGGAGCCAGACAUAUCAGAUACUACUUCAAAUGGGCAAAGUAAAAGCACCAACCAAACCAGAAACCACAGAGGCGGUCUGAAAGGCAGUCGUUCCCGCAUCCGGUUCCAUCCCUACAAGGGCAUCGGCACCAGGACUUACACAAACUCCGUCUUUGUCAGCAACAUUCCAUAUGAGCUGAGCGAGCAGGAGUUUAAAGACCUCUUUGAAGAACAAGUUGGAAAAGUGUCUUUCUGUGAGAUAUUCCCGGAGCCGGGUGGACUGUCAACGGGAUGUGGCGUGGUGGAGAUGGAACAUUCAACAGACGUGGAGAGAGCCAUAAACAAGAUGAAGAAAUACCAGAUCCAGGGACGUGGGCUUGUCGUCAGAGAUGAUAGAGAUCUCAGCUUUAGCUCGAGAUACCGAGGCCCACCAACUACCAAACCCCAGUCAUCCAUUGUCAACCCAGACGUCUUAUUUCGGCUCGGGAUCCACCCUGACGAAGUCUCCGAAACGAUCCAUAUAGCCAAUCUCUCAGAGGAGGUUGACCUGAGGAAACUGAAGGACGUGUUCAGCUUAGCCGGUCUGGUCAUGAAUCUGGAAAUCUUGAAGGAUGAGCAAGGGAAGAGCCUUGGCCUGGCCACAGUCACCUUCUCCUCAAGUGAAGAAGCAGUCAAUGCCAUCUCCAUGUUUGAUAACCAGCCCUUGUUUGAACUGAAGAUGAGCGUCAGAAUGGACAAGAGUAAGAAACGCACCCAAGAGCCAGAAAAACAGAAGGAACUUCCGCAGGGUCUUGGAGGGAUCGGCCAAAAUCUACUUUCAAGGGGUGGUGGCGGCGGCGGCAUGGGCGGAGCCAUGAUGGGCGGGCCCCCGAUGGGCGGGGCCCCGAUGGGCGGGGCCCCGAUGGGCGGGGCUAUGAUGGGCGGAGCCAUGAUGGGAGGGGCCAUGGGAGGAGCCAUGGGUGGAGCGGGCAUGUUUAACAGGAUGGGCGCUGGUGGAGACUUUGGGGGUGGCUUUGAUCAGCCAAUGGGAGGUAUGGGCAGGGGUUUUGACAUGGGUCUUGGCAUGGGGUACCAGCAGGCAGACGCCCGAGGCAACUACGGGGGUGGGUUUGGGGGUGGUCCCAUGAGGAACUACGGCCACGGAUCCUCCUCCAACACUGAACCCAGUCAAGGGUGCCAAGUCUUCAUCCGAAAUCUUUCGCCUGAAGUCAGUUGGGAGGAUCUCAAAGAUUGCUUCAAGAAAAUUGGACCAGUUUACUAUGCAGACGUUAAGAAGGACAGCGAUGGGAAAUCCAAAGGCUUUGGCACUGUCAAGUAUCACAACCCUCAACACGCUCAGCAGGCAAUAUUGUUGUUGAAUGGUGCAAGCAUCAAGGGUCGUCGCAUCGGAGUAACCAUUGGUCGGUAUUAAUACAGUCGCGUCACUCUGAUUGGCUCGGGUCUUGCUUUCCCAAAAGUUUUUUUUUUAUUGUGGUCAUAAAAGGCUUUUAGAAUGGUUACUUGAUAAAAAAUAUCCCAAAAAAUUAUUUGGAUGCAAUGUCGCAGUGUGGUAUCAGUUGGUCGUCAAAAGAAAAACAAUAAAACUGAUGAUUUUUCUUUGCGUCAUUUUAGAAAAUAUUGGGUGAAUCUCAAUCCUCUUUAAAACAAUGUCACUUGGUUGCAGAUUUUGUUUCUGUCUGGUGCAACAUACUGGUGUGUCUUAUAAAAUGUGUAUUUCACCGAAACUCAUCAAUGUAAGAUCAUUUGUUCCAAAUGUUUGAAUAAUAUUUUCUAGUUCUCUGUGGUCGGUGAUUUGCAGUCGUGUUUAUUUAUAUCAUUUUGUCAUUUUGACAAGUUCAAAGGAGAAGUUGUCUCUGAUUUGUGUUGUGAAUCAUAAUUUUAAACUUUUAGUCAAUGUACCGCCCACAGCGGCUGAAACCUCCUGAUCUCUCUAUGAUUUUAUGGAUUCAUUAGGAAAUAAACACAAUGUAAUACAAUGUAAUACAAUGUAAUACAAUAUAAUACAGUGGCUAAGUAAUGGGCUAAAGAAGAAGGAUGUUGUCUUUGCUUUGUGUCAAGUCAUCACAGUAAUUUGUUUAAGGUGUUGUGUGGUAGAAUUUUGUUUGUCAUUUGUCAAGCAAAAAUGUCGUUUCUUGUAAGCUCAGUGUUUCAUUUGAUUUGUCAUUAAACAGUUGAAAGACCAAAAGCUGGUCAUUCAUUUCUGAUGUCCUCUGAAUAAUAACAACGGUAUAUUCUUCCGUCAUGUAUAGUAUUUCCAAAGCAUUUUUUUGAAAAGUCUUUGCUAGUUGAGUUCCUUCGAGGUUUCAAAAUAUCAUUAUCGUGUUUGUAAAUAAUGCAUUUUCCUAGUGGUUAAGUCAGAGUCACUGUUGUUACAUAGGUUUUCAAGUUGUUUGAAGUAUCUUUGUAAGUUUGUCUCAGACAGCUGCAUUUUGAUUACUAAUCAUCAAAAAGGACAACACUUGGUGUGCCAGAGGCUUCUAAAGUUUUAGAACAAUUAGUCAAGUAGAUAAAGUCAUUUGGUUGUUUCACGUGUGUUAAAUUUGCUAUGUUGAAGUCAAAGGCUCUGCAAGUUCUGUAGAAGUGUUUAGUAAAUAAAAGCAAGCAUUUUCGUGCGUGAGACAAUUUUCAUCCUAAA